AUGGCAGCUGAUUCUGGUCUACUCACUAUCCUCAUCCUCCUUGACCUGAGUGCGGCCUUCGACACCAUCAGCCACCCCACCCUCCUCAAUAGACUUCGCGCCAUCGGCAUCACCCACACUCCUCUAAACUGGUUCACUUCCUACCUCACAAGCCGCACUCAGUUCAUUCAACUUAAAUCUUUCACAUCCCAGCCUUCCCCUGUCACUUCAGGUGUGCCCCAGGGCUCUGUCCUGGGGCCCCUCCUUUUCAUCAUCUAUCUUCUCCCCCUCGGCAACAUCUUCCGUAAGUACAACAUCAGCUUUCACUGCUACGCGGAUGACACCCAGCUCUACCUCUCCAGUAAGCCCACCUCCACCCUCCCACCUUCGUCCCUCGCUGACUGCCUAACCGAUAUCAAAUCCUGGUUCUCUUCCAACUUCCUCAAACUAAACAGUGACAAAACCGAGGUCCUCCUCAUUGGUUCUAAAUCAACACUAUCCAAAACCGACAGUUUCCCUAUACUCAUUGACAACUCCACUGUUUCCCCCUCCCCACAGGUCAAGAGUCUGGGUGUCAUCCUCGACACUGCGGCUCAGUGGAGGCUGCGCAGGGGGGAGCGCAGGGUGAUGGAGCUGGUGGAGCUGGUGGAGCUGGAGGAUGUGGAGGUGAACCGCGGAGCGAUGAGCGGGUCGAGCAGGAUCCGCGUCUCCAGGGAGACCAGACUCCGGCUGCGCGUCAUCCUGCUGGACCACAGCGAGCGCAGCUUCGAGGUGGAGCUGAAGGUUUUAGGUGGCGACUUCUUCAACAAAGUGUGCGGCCAUUUGAAACUGCUGGAGAAAGAAUACUUCGGCCUGGAGUUCAGACACCACAGUGGCCAUUACGUUUGGUUGGAGCUGAUGAAGCCUCUGGUCAAACAGAUUAAAUGCACCGAUGACCUUUUCUUCAGGUUUUUAGUUAAAUUCUUCCCACCGGACCCUGGACAGCUGAAGAGAAGUUUCACCAGGUAUCUCUUUGCCUUACAGAUAAAGCAGGACUUGUCCAACGGCAGCCUCACCUGUAAUGACAACAGCGCCGCCCUGCUGAUCUCUCACCUGCUGCAGUCAGAGAUAGGGGACUAUGACGAGGAGCUGGACUGUCAACACUUGGACAUGAAACACUACGUCCCCAACCAGGAAUAUCUGGACCACAAGAUCAUCAAGUUCCAUAAGAAACACAGAGGAGUCUGUCCAGCGGACUCCAACGUCCAGCUGCUGGAAGUGGCCAGGAAGCUGGACAUGUACGGGAUCAGGCCUCACGCGGCCAACGACGGGGAAGGACUGAGGAUCAACCUGGCCGUCACUCACUCGGGAGUUCUGGUCUUUCAGGGAAACACCAAAAUCAACACGUUCAGCUGGGCGAAGAUACGCAAGCUGAGCUUCAAACGCAAGCACUUCCUGAUCAAACUACAUGACAAAGUCGGGCCGUCGUGUAAGGACACUCUGGAGUUCGCCAUGGCCAGUCGGGAUGUGUGUAAAUCCUUCUGGAAGAUGUGCGUAGAGUACCACGCCUUCUUCAGGCUUCCCGAGGAGCCGAAGGCCAUUCACAAGACGCUGCUGUCCUGCAAGGGCUCCAGGUUCAGAUACAGUGGGCGAACCCAGAAACAGCUGCUGGAGUGUAUGGGAUCAGGGGAGAAGAAAUCGUUACGCUUUGAAAGGACCUACGGUCAGUCAGACUACGAUCCCAGGCAGUGUCAGUCUUCUCCUGAUCUCCUCACCGAUGUCUCCAAACAGAUAUACGAACACGGCCGGCCGUUCCCGCGGUCCAGUCGCGCCCUGGAGGUUCACAGUCAGGACGAAAUGCUCCCGCGACACAGAGAUGUGAACGACAUCGUCGAGGGAGGGGCUAAACGCAGCCAGUCGUCUGUCGAGGUCCGCCAGCGGCCACACCCGCUCUGCCAUGUCACGGCCCUCUCUCCACUCCCCCACCAGUCGGCUCCCUCUCCAAAGACGAGGUCGGCCUCCAUCUCUCUGAUGGAGGACGUGGGCGGAGGGCGGAUCGGGGCGCAGCGCCAGGCCCAGCGGCUCGCCGGCGUCUACGCCAACCGCUCGCGGCGCCGGCCGAACCCCCAGCCGCACCUGGACGCCGGGCAGCAGCUCGUCCUGCUGUACCCCAACAGCCCGGCGUACCAGUACCACCCGGUCCUCCCGUCCUUCCCCCUGGCGCGCUCCGCGCCGCUCAACCGCCACCCCUACUUGUCCGACUACGUCGCCGUUUCCUCGCUGGAGCGAUUCCCACCUGCGGUCAGGCGAGACUACGCGCCCAUGGAGGACGCGUCGCGGCAUUCGUACUAUCCGCUGAGCCACGAUUCGCCGUCUCUUUCCCCGUUUAGAAGGAACUUCCACCCGUCUGGUUCCGGGGGUCUGGGACUAGCUAGGGUUUACCCGCCCGGGGGAAACGGCGCCAGGCUGCUGGGCCUCGGACACACGGAGGCGGGACACUACAGCGACGACUCCCGCUUCCUGCCGGGGCUGCCUCGCCGCGUCGCCAGCCAACCGGACGUCAAGUUCCACCUCUCGAGGAGCUCCAACCCGGCCUUCAACCCGGCCUCCGAGUUCCGGCCCCUGGGCUACUACCCCCACCUGACCCGGCCCUCCAGACCCACCUACCUGCCCCUCAACUCCUCCCCGCUGCCGGAGCGGCCCACCUCCGUCUGCAUGAUCGGCGGCACCUCGGGGAGCUACAGCGACUCUGACCCCGAGGUUUUCUACCCGUAUUACUGCCCCCCCCCGCCGCUGGGGAACGUGGUCCGCUCCGCCGGACUGGCCAAGAUGAGGUUCUCCUCCGGGAGCCUCCAGCUGGAGGAGGAGGACGAGGGGGAGGAGGAGGGACGGGCAGACGGAGCCGCUAAGGAGACCCAGAAAAAAGAGAUAAGAUGGGAACACAGGGAGGAGAGAAGCAAAGGAGAAGAGGCCGUGAAGAGAGAACAGAUUACUCAGGUCACGCUCUCCAACCCGGCCUUCAACCCGGCCUCCGAGUUCCGGCCCCUGGGCUACUACCCCCACCUGACCCGGCCCUCCAGACCCACCUACCUGCCCCUCAACUCCUCCCCGCUGCCGGAGCGGCCCACCUCCGUCUGCAUGAUCGGCGGCACCUCGGGGAGCUACAGCGACUCCGACCCCGAGGUUUUCUACCCGUAUUACUGCCCCCCCCCGCCGCUGGGGAACGUGGUCCGCUCCGCCGGACUGGCCAAGAUGAGGUUCUCCUCCGGGAGCCUCCAGCUGGAGGAGGAGGACGAGGGGGAGGAGGAGGGACGGGCAGACGGAGCCGCUAAGGAGACCCAGAAAAAAGAGAUAAGAUGGGAACACAGGGAGGAGAGAAGCAAAGGAGAAGAGGCCGUGAAGAGAGAACAGAUUACUCAGACACUGGACGUCAAGUUCCACCUCUCGAGGAGCUCCAACCCGGCCUUCAACCCGGCCUCCGAGUUCCGGCCCCUGGGCUACUACCCCCACCUGACCCGGCCCUCCAGACCCACCUACCUGCCCCUCAACUCCUCCCCGCUGCCGGAGCGGCCCACCUCCGUCUGCAUGAUCGGCGGCACCUCGGGGAGCUACAGCGACUCCGACCCCGAGGUUUUCUACCCGUAUUACUGCCCCCCCCCGCCGCUGGGGAACGUGGUCCGCUCCGCCGGACUGGCCAAGAUGAGGUUCUCCUCCGGGAGCCUCCAGCUGGAGGAGGAGGACGAGGGGGAGGAGGAGGGACGGGCAGACGGAGCCGCUAAGGAGACCCAGAAAAAAGAGCUAAGAUGGGAACACAGGGAGGAGAGAAGCAAAGGAGAAGAGGCCGUGAAGAGAGAACAGAUUACUCAGGUCACGCUGUAGAAACACUAAAUAUUUAGGGGUCCAGGAUAUACGGAAGAGUAUCAGGGCCAGGCAGGAGAAAAAAUAUUUGAGGGCAAGAUUUAUUUUAUUGUGCACUUUGAGGAAAAAUUGAAAUGUCGAG